AUGGCCGGGGUUAUUCCGAUGAAGAUGAUAUUUAGGGGAAAAGAGGAUGUCCCUACUAAGACUACUCAAACUCCCAUUGAUGAAAAUUGGUACCAAGAUUUGAAAGACGUUCCGUCUAUUGCUUUGCCGGAGAAAGCCGUUGUUGGUGCUAGCAUGAGCCUGAACUGGCGGAUGAAUCGGGAAGAGGAGCCGGCGUAUAUGGAGGUUGUCUCUUUGCAUGUUGUCGCGUUUGAGAGAAAAGGUGGAAAGAUGGCUACAGUUGCCAAAAAGCCUGAUAAGGAGCUUUGGUAUCAUCGCAUCUUGAGGAACUUUGUUCUCCCGCGGGAUGAUGAUUUGGCUGCGCAACCUGCUGCUGGCGCGGGUGAGCUGUCGAAUUUAGGCAUAGGCCCUGAGAAGAAAAGACGUGUGCCCACUACUACUACUACGCCAAAGAAGAGUGAUGCGGAGAAAGCUCAGCCUUCUAAGGCUAAAAGUGUGGGAGGAGAGAAGAAAGUUAUGAGAAGACCGAAGUCGGAACCCAAAGACGCUGCUGAUAUCCCUCCAUCGAACCUUGAUGAUCCUAUCGACUUAGAGUCGAGUCCUGAACAUUUGUUGAGGAAGAAAACAGGAAAAAGGAAACAAGUUGAUGUUGAGGCUGAAGGUCAGCCUGAGAAGAAAGCUCGAAGGAAGAAGAUUACCAGAAGGGGCAAUCUUGAUGCCUUCAUUGCAAAACCUGUUCUCGAAGUACCAAACUCUCCUGUUUAUACAGAGCCAGAAUCUGUGGUUAAUGAGGAACUUCCGCCCUCUCCUCCUCGCGCCUCUGUUGUUGAGCAGUUAAAGAAUGCUGAUGUUCCCGAGAAUGAGGCGGAGAAGACUGUUGGGGCAGAGGAUUCUGGGGUUGAGAAUCCUCUUAACAUUGCUGUGGAUGCGGGAACAGUUACUAGCCCAGAGGUUGUGGAUGUUGGUGCUGGUAAUCCACAAACUCCUGAAUUUGUUGCUCAGGAUUCAGAGAAAGGAAAAUCCGCUCAAGAGAUCCCUGUAACAGCUUCUCCUUCCAUGGCUUCUAACUCCAUGCUUGAGAAUAUUGAGAAGGUCUCUGCUGAGGACCAAGGUUCGUUCUCUGACGCUGAUAAAAAUUCUCCAAUCCACCCGGAUGAAACUCUGGGGGAUUACUAUUAUAGAACUUAUUCGGAGAAGAACGCCGCUGAAAUUCAUGUCCCUGUUUGGAAUCUGAAGAAAGGUGAUACCUUUUCAGAUUGGCGUGUGUGUCAAGAUUGGUUACAGGGAACUUUUCCGUGUGGGGUGAUUAAAUUCCAGGAAGGACGCCUUCAUGAUCAAAAUUAUCAUGCCUACCUUGAAGAGGUUGCUUCUUAUACGUCCACUACGCACCACAUAGUGCGCGAGUGGCAUAGUAUGCAUAAGGAAUGGGCUGCUUUUAAGGCGUCCAAGAAGAAAGCUGCUGAGGAUGAAAACCGUGUUGCCCAGUUGAGGGCUAAACUAGAAGCUGAUCAGGCCAAAUUUGAGACUGAUCGAAAAACUGAGGAGUGGUCUGUUGCGGGUUGGAAGAGAAAGGCGGAAGCUGAAGCUGCCCUUCUUUCCGAGGAGCGCAAAAACUGGAAAAAGAUCUGCGAGAAAGAUAAUACUGAGAAGAUGGGUCUCCGCAAUGUUAUCAACAAUCUCAAGGCUGAGGUUGAGAAGUUGAAGAAACAAGAUGCGGAGAUCGAAAAAUUGAAGCAAGAAAAAGCCAAUGCUGAAGCCGCGCGAGAUGAAGUGCGUUCUCACAGGGAAAUGAGUGAACAACGAGAGGUACAUACCUACGCUACCCUUGCCCUUAGAGAUAAAGAGAUAAAAGAACUUACUGCUUUGCUAUCUGAGCAGGAACAACUUAAGGCGGAAAUUGAGUAUUCCAAGAAAACCCUGGAGUUUGCGCAGGCUGAGAAGGCUGAAACUUCUUGCCGCCUUGCCAAAACCGAAGAGAAGUUAGAAACUUCCGAAACUGCGCGGGCGAAAGCGGAGAGUGAGCUUGAACCAUUGAAGGGCGACAUGCUAUGGCUGAAAGAGCACGGAAUCGCAAGUGUUGCUAAAUCAGUGCUGAAUUGUGAAGAGCUAGACAAAACGGUUGCGCGCUUAUCCGCUACUCAUGGUGUUAAUACUGAUGCCGCUCUUGCGGCUAUGAAAACAGAAUUCAACAACUUACAGCUCCCUGUCAUGGAUCUUAUAAACGUUGCAUUGCAGUCUGAAGACCAUGUAUUACAACUGAAAGAAAUCUUCCCCGAUAAAGAUGAAGAUGAAGACUUAGAUUAG